AUGAGAGUAUCACCUAAUUCGACCUCACCUAAACAACAAUUAAUAGCUCAAGACAGUAAUGAUGGUAGUGGUAUCACUAGCUCAUUGACGCGUGAUCUAUCAAUCAUAUCAACAAAUGAGAUUCAAUUUCCAAAAUUAUUAGAAAACGAUGGUGAAGUUGAAGAACAAACACUCAUGCAGGUUGAAAUUGUUAAUGAUGAUUUUUUAAGAAAGUCACGUCGUUCAGAAUUGGCUAGUAAAAGCACAUGUUUAACACGAAGAUGGCAAACAGCACUUGUAACAUGUUUAGUUUUAUUAGGGCUAGCUGGAGGCAUUGGUGGUCUUGCUUAUUGGAUAGCAUCACCCAGAGUAAUAACGCAACCAUAUCUACUCUACGGUGAGUCAUGUUAUAUGAAUUCUCGUUCAUGCGAUGCUACACGUAUGCUUUGGUGUCCUGCUGGUACAUGUAUAUGUAUGGGUGAUUUUCAAUGGAAUACAACAGCACAAAAUUGUUCGUGUGGUCAAUAUCAAAUAUGGAAUGAUAUUAAAUGUCAAGAUUAUGGUUAUUAUGGAGAUCCUUGUAAUAGUGUGGCUUGUCGACCCACUUUAACGUGUGAAGUCGUUACCAAUCAAACAUAUACAACUGGGCAAGAUAUAUGUGUCUGUGAUAAUACUACUUAUUUGGAUACAACAUCUGGUAGUGCGACUCAAGGUCAAUGUAUUGCUCGAUUAACAUAUAAUGCUAGUUGUAAAACAAAGUUUGAUUGUCAAGAUUGGUUAGGACUUUCUUGUACUAAUACUUCUACAGGUUCAAGAUGUCGAUGUGGUUCAACAGCUUAUUGGGGCGGAUCUAUUUGUGUACAAAAUGCUCUUGGAUGGGAAUCAUGUAAUACUACAGUACCAUGUGAUACUACAAGGAGUCUAUCGUGUGUAUCAUCUAUAUGUGAAUGUGAUCAAUAUAGUUAUUGGGAUAAUGUAACAACAUUAUGGUGUCAACAAAAAAAAACUUAUGCUGCAUCUUGUCAAUAUGAUUUUCAAUGUAAUACAACAGUUAAUCUGUCUUGUCCAGCAACAAGUACUGGUUGUAAUUGUUAUGCAACAUCAUUAGCAUAUAUGUGUGAUUGUCAAGUGGGUUCUUUUUGGGAUGGACAGCGAUGCACAAGUCAACAUUCAUUUAAUGGAACAUGUCCAGGACAAUAUGCUUGUUCAAGUAAUCUUGUAUGUUACUUAGGACACUGUAUUUGUCCAGGAAAUAUGAUAUGGAAUAAUUCGACACCCAAUGCUUGUAAUUGUACUGUGGGAACUUCAUGGGAUAGUACGAGUAAUAGCUGCAUUUAA